AUGUUGGAUCCUGAUAUCUCAGUUCGCCAAAUGGAGGAUAUGCCACCCCCCGUGCGGCUGAGUCGCUCAUGGAAUACUACCACAGUGAAUCAGCUAUUGGGUCUACCAGGGAUGUUCUCAACGUUUACAGCUCCAGAGCUGAAAAAACUUCGGAUUAUUGCGAUCACAGCAUCUGUAGCCUCAGUGGUUGCUGCUAUUGUGGGGUUAUACUACUUUGCUGGUAUUGAUAAGAGAAGAAAGGUGUUUCGUCAUUACUUGAUUUUCUUCCUAAUCUUUUGCGACUUCCUGAAAGCUCUGAUACUUAUGAUAUAUCCUAUCAUUAUUCUGAUUCGAAAUGACAUAUACGGGAUACCUGCAUUCUACAAUACGCUGGGCUGGCUCACAGCGUUCGCUGUAGAGGGAGCAGAUUUCGCUAUUGCAGUGUUCGCGGUGCACUUUGCACUUCUGAUAUUCGUACCGACCUGGAAAUGGUUAAAUCCUAAAACAGGUAACAUGGAGGGUGGAUUGUAUCCCUUGCGUCAUUUCUUGUAUGCUGCCACAUUUCUUUUACCUGCAAUUAUGGCAAGCUUAGCAUUCGUAAAUUUUACGAAGGAUAUCCCAAUUAAUGAAAACGACAAUGUCGUGCUGGAUAAUAAUAAUUUUGGGUUCGCUUAUCAAGCAAGGGUGGGGGGCUAUAAGGCAUUCAGUGCUUGGUGUUAUCUACCUCCAAGGCCGUACUGGUAUCGGCUUGUGCUAAGUUGGGGCCCAAGAUAUUUCAUCAUAGUUUUGAUUUUUUCUAUUUAUCUGAGCAUCUACAUCUACGUCUCCAAGGAAAGUAGGAAAAUCAAAGUCCAAAUUGGUGACUUUAGGCAUGAUAGGAAUGGUGUUGAUUUAGAUGCAUCAGCCGAUAAUAAGAAGCUGCUAAAUUUCAAACAAAAGCUUCUAAUACAUCUCAAGAUGGGAUCCCGAAAGAUAGGAAUCACAAAGGUGUAUCAGAGUCUCAAAAGUUUCUUUUUCCUCUCCUUUGAAGAUGACUCUGAAGAUUCCACUGAUAGCAAUGAAGAAGACGAUUCUACGGAUAAUCCAUACUCAUUCAGCUUGGAUUCAAUCGACUAUGACGAUGGAUUUCAGUCCGAUGACUUUAGGAACGGGGUACAGAGCUUUAAUUAUGAUCCCGAGGAGCUUUCUAGAGCGCUUCGAGAGAGAGAGAUAGCCGCGAAUGCCGACCGAGAAGAUGAAAGUUUGGGGAGAAAUAAACGCAUCCAAAAUUUAAUCAAGCAAAACUUCAAUAAAUCUUUCAGGAGGCAUUCACUGGCAUCGAAGGAUGCUUAUUCAAACAAAAGUACUCGCGGUGCCCCGUCGAGCGCCUCUUUGCGCGCAAAAUCCAAUACUACUGAUUCACUUCAUAAUUUUCUCUCGGGGGACAACGGUAGUUCUGUGUUUUAUUCUCCAUCUAAUGACACUUCAAAUUCCAACAAAAAAUCGAAAGCCAGACGAUCUUCUUCCAAAAAAAGGCGAAAGAACUCUGUAUCCAAGGCUGGAGGCGGUACCAGAAGUCGUAAACCAACAGAAAGCAGUGAUCAGGCACCUGAAUGUGCACCAAUAUUAUCUCCAGUUCGGUCAAUAAAUCCUAUAAGUGGGUCAAUACGGAAUACAAUUAAUUCGGAGCAGGCUCCCAAAUCUGAUCACACUCGAGCCUCCAACGCCGAUCAGGAUGCAUGUGCUGUUCACCCAGAUCAUAUUCUUGAUCUAAAACAUAACUUUCAAUUUGAGACGUACCAAGAGUUCAAGAAAAGGCGUUCUCAAAUUCGGAGACAAUUAAGGUCAAUUUUCAUAUAUCCUUUCUCAUACAUUGUUAUUUGGACUUUUCCCAUAGUUGUCGAUAUUAUUCAGUACCAUUACGAAAUUAUCCAUGGCCCGGUUGUGUGGUUAGAGUAUAUUGCGACGUUCAUGCAACCUUUGAGUUGUGUUGUUGACGUGAGUGUCUUUCUCUACAGGGAGAAACCAUGGCGUCAUUCGUGGGAUAUCAUUGUGACUAAGGAUCUCAUGAGUAGAUACAGUUUGAAGGGCGAAAUUGGGGAAAGCGAAAUUUUACACAUGUGUAACAGCAAAGAAGGCAAAAGAGGAUGGUAUUAUCGUGGAAAAUGGAUGAAAAUGGAGUGCUGGAGACAUCAGCCUCAAAGAUGGAAACGAAUUGCAUGGUUCAUCUAUCGAGCGAUAAAAGGUUUCAUGAAAAAUGAUUACGAUUACGAAGACAACUGUAACGAUGCUGAGUAUUGGGAAAGUUAUUAUUCUGGUAAUACUCCAAUUUCACCUAGAAGCAGGAGUACUCAAUACACACAAGGGACUCAGGCUUUCAAAGACAUUAUAAAUGUCAGCAAUCGAAAGCAGUCGUCCUUUUCUGCCUCCACUACCGAUAAUUAUUCAGAAAUCGAGGGUUAUGUCAAGGUCCCCAUGAUUUGGAGAAUAAUUCAUUUUUUACCAAUGUGGGGAGGCAUUGACCUUGACGCGCUAGACCGUCAUAUUCGUCUGAAAAGCCGCGAGGAUCCUUUUGAGAUCCCAGGUUUACAGUUCGCGCUAACUAAGGGCAAACCAGGCCAGGAGAAAGAGAAUACCUCGUUUUUCAAGGCGGAUUACAGUUUAUCCUCAACGCCAGCUAAGAAGCCUUCGGGCAGACAGCCCUCAAAUCUUUCGACUCGUGGCUCAUCCUCAUCGUCACAAACAAAUCACUCUCCACACAAUAGCACCGCAAAUCUGGGCCCAAUAACAUCCAAGUUCUCAUUUUCGGCCAAUAUGGAUUUCAAAGACGUCACCAGCUCUAAACUUCCAGGAAUUACUCACGAAAUUCCACGUUCUAAAGGGGAUGAAAUGGAUAUCAUGGACUUUUUGAAUGGUUGA